CUGCGCCUUGCCUGCCCGGAGCCAGCCUUCCGGUCUCCCUGGGAGACGAACGCGGUGACCUCGCGACGGCCAGGCUACUCGGCGCAGCGCACGCCUUCUCGCCGGGACCUGCAGGCACCCAGUCAGACUGACCACCUCCGCCCCGCCCUCCGCCCCCCAGCUGAGACCCCGCCCUGAAGGGGGGCGCUCGGGUCACCGUCCCGGGGUUCCUGCUUCAGUUCCGAGGCAUUUUGCCGACGCCCCGGGCCGGGGCCGGCUCUACCUGGGCUGCUCCCGCCCAGGGCUCCGCCCCGCGCGCCACCAAGAACUUUCCCUGGAGCCUCGGAGGCCUGGCGUCCCGCGUUCUGCCGCGCCCGCCCGCAGGUCCUCAGACGCCCGGCUUUUCCAGGACGUUCGGGAAAGGAAGCUUGAACUUGGCCAUCUCCGCGGGAUGAGUUCGGGGACCCUCGGACGGAAGCUGCGGCCCGCGACAAGCUGACCUCUCUCGGUUGGUUUCGGUCGCCGCCCCAGUCUUCAGAAGAGGAGCCGCAGCCCCAGGAUGCGCGGGGACGCGCCGCCCCCGGUUCCCAGUUCCGCGGACGCUUCCCGGGCGACUCUGGGCUCCUGACGCUCCGGGGCGUGCUCACCCUCCCGCCUCCGCCCUCCGAGCUUCUCGGGGUGCCCUCGGCUCGACCGCAGAACCCCAGGCUUCACCCCCCACCCGGGGGCCCCACCCACACCCGCGCCUCUCGCCCUCUACACGGUGCGCACAAUAAAUUAAUGCUUCGCGCUUGAGGGGAGGCGGCGGCGGGCGCCGUGGUCGCUGCUCUCGCCUGGUUGGAGACGCUUUCAGCCGACAUGGGCUGCUUCUGCGCCGUUCCGGAAGAAUUUUACUGCGAAGUUUUGCUCCUGGACGAGUCCAAGCUCACCCUUACCACCCAGCAGCAGGGCAUCAAGAAGUCAACAAAAGGAUCUGUCGUCCUUGACCACGUUUUCCGUCACAUAAACCUUGUGGAGAUAGAUUAUUUUGGGCUGCGGUACUGCGACAGAAGCCAUCAGACAUAUUGGCUGGAUCCCGCAAAAACUCUCGCGGAGCACAAGGAGCUAAUCAACACUGGACCUCCAUAUACUUUGUAUUUUGGUAUUAAAUUCUAUGCUGAAGAUCCAUGUAAACUCAAAGAAGAGAUAACCAGAUAUCAGUUUUUCUUACAGGUGAAGCAAGAUGCUCUUCAGGGCCGACUGCCUUGUCCUGUCAAUGUCGCCGCUCAGCUGGGGGCAUAUGCCAUCCAGGCUGAACUGGGAGACCACGACCCGUACAAGCACACCUCGGGUUAUGUGUCAGAGUACCGGUUUGUUCCUGAUCAGAAGGAAGAGCUGGAAGAAGCCAUCGAAGGGAUUCAUAAAACUCUCAUGGGUCAGGCUCCUGCUGACGCUGAGAUGAAUUACUUGAGGACGGCCAAGUCCCUGGAGAUGUACGGCGUAGACCUCCAUCCUGUCUAUGGAGAAAAUAAGUCCGAGUAUUUCUUAGGCUUGACUCCAGUGGGUGUUGUCGUCUAUAAGAAUAAAAAGCAAGUGGGGAAGUAUUUCUGGCCUCGGAUCACCAAGGUGCACUUCAAGGAAACCCAGUUCGAGCUCAGAGUCUUGGGAAAAGAUUGUAAUGAAACCUCAUUCUUCUUUGAAGCUCGAAGCAAAACUGCUUGCAAGCACCUCUGGAAAUGCAGUGUGGAGCACCACACAUUUUUCAGAAUGCCGGAAACUGAGUCAAAUUCAUUGUCAAGAAAACUCAGCAAGUUUGGGUCCAUAAGUUAUAAACAUCGGUACAGUGGCAGGACAGCUUUGCAAAUGAGCCGAGAUCUUUCUAUCCAACUUCCCCGGCCCAAUCAGAACGUGGCGAGAAGUCGAAGCAAGACUUACCCCAAGAGGGUGGCGCAGACGCAGCCUGCUGGAUCAAACAACAUCAGUCGGAUAACUGCAAACAUGGAAAAUGGGGAGAACGAAAGAAUUACCAAGAUCAUGGCGCCUUCGCCAGUGAGAAGUUUUAAGAAAGCAAAGAGUGAAAACAGCCCUGACCCCCAAAGAAGCAAAUCUCAUGCACCUUGGGAAGAAAAUGGACCCCAGAGUGGCCUCUACAACUCCUCCAGUGACCGCACUAAGUCACCAAAGUUUCCCUGUACCCGGCAACGCAACCUCUCCUGUGGCAGUGACAAUGACUCCUCGCAGCCGAUGAGGCGAAGGAAAGCUCACAACAGUGGCGAAGACUCUGAUCUAAAGCAAAGGAGGAGGUCGCGCUCACGCUGUAACACAAGCAGUGGUAGUGAGUCAGAAAAUUCGAACAGAGAACACAGGAAAAAGAGAAACAGAAUACGACAGGAGAAUGAUAUGGUUGAUUCGGCGCCUCAGUGGGAAGCUGUGUUAAGGAGACAGAAGGAAAAGAACCAAGUGGAUCCCAACAACCGGAGAUCCAGACACAGAUCUCGCUCACGAAGUCCUGAUAUCCAAGCCAAAGAAGAACUGUGGAAGCAUAUCCAGAAGGAGCUUGUGGACCCGUCCGGAUUGUCAGAAGAACAGUUGAAAGAGAUCCCAUACACUAAAGUAGAGACUCAGGGGGACCCGGUCCGCAUCAGGCUGUCGCAUUCCCCGCGGAGUUACCGGCAGUACCGCAGAUCGCAGUGUUCAGACGGAGAGCGGUCCGUCCUCUCGGAAGUGAACUCGAAGACAGAUCUUGUACCACCCCUUCCUGUCACCCGUUCCUCAGACGCUCAGGGGUCCGGAGGCUCCACAGUUCAUCAGAGAAGAAAUGGAUCUAAAGACAGCUUGAUUGAAGAAAAAUCUCAGCUCUCUACUACCAAUCUGGCUGGGAAACAUACAGCAAAAACAGUAAAAACUACCCAGGCUGCUCGCCUCAAGGCAGAGACCUGACCCAGUGAAGGGGGCAGGGUGGGGAUGGAAGUGCGUGUCGCUGGUACUUUUGAAACUGUGAAUUAGAUAAUUAUCCAUGUAUCCUGGACAUGUGUCUUUAGCAUCUUUAAAGGACUUAUGUACAACAUUCUUGUGCUGUGGCCUCUGGAAGGACAACCUUAUAAACUUACUGGAUACCACCGUCUGUUUCCUGAAAUUCUGACCAUCCAACUACGUGUUUCUCAUCUCUCCACAGCCAAGAUCAGAGGCUUCUGAUGAGCUCCUGGACUCAAUGACUUUAAUUCCUACAAAACUGUAAUAUUAUUUCGUGGCAUUAAGUCCCAAUGGUUAUUUACAAAUAAUGUAAAAAAGCUGUUAAGUGUUGAUUUGAAUGUAAGUGUCCUUGUCUUGUGUUUUCUGAGGAAGAAAAAUAAGCCCGUGAGGGCCUUGUCCCCACUCAUCUGCCCAUGCUCCCUAAGUUUUGGACCUUUAUCUGUGUAUGAUGGCUUUUCAGACAGGGAGUUCUCACAAAGAGCCCUCUGUAUUGUGCCAUCAGUUGUGGCCCACCUUGUCCUGUAGCAGUCUCUCUUGGGUUCCUGCUUCUGCUGGGCUCAAAUGCUGUCAUUACUGCUCAGUAAUUCAACUUUGCCCCACAAAAGCCUCCAGCUAUUUGAGGAUUCUGCCGGGGUAGACUGCUCAGUGACCGCGCUUGCCAAACCUUACCCAACUCCUUAGGUUCAACUGUGGCCUUUGUUCCCCCCACCCACAGAACUAAAGCCAAAUCCAAGGACUCCUUCCCACGCAGCGUCCUGUCUCAGUGUCUUCAUUCUUCUGCUGUAACCCUAGGCUGCCUCUGCAGCUCACCUCGCUGUGGGGCCCACCUGCGUGGAACUGCCCUGCCCUUCUCCCUCUUGCUUUAAUAAAACCUAAGCCUUA